UACAGGAUGUGACGUAGUUGUGUGAUGGAGAGGUUGGAAUGCGGAAGAUUGUUUUGAUUUCAUGGCAUUCUAGCUUUGAUGUCAUAUUUAUUUCGUUUACAGCAUGUGGUUUAAACCAAAAUAUCACAUGUAAUUUACAGAAGUGUAGCAACAAGUGGUGAAAGUUAUGGCGGAUGGUCAAAAAGCAUUUGAAGAACCCGAUUGUGACUAUGAUGAAAGUACCAAACCAGGAUAUGUGCGGAUUCGCUUGCACAUUCCAGGAAUUGAGCCACGGACUGCUGGUAGUUUAAGCAAAAUACUUUCAAAAGAUCCAAAAGCCAAAAAUGCCAAGUUCAUUGGCCCAGUUUGUGAUAUUAGGUCCUAUGACUUGAAGAUUGUUGGAGAAGCUGAUCUCAAGGACCAGAAUUACAUGUUUACAAUCAAACGACUUCCUUUUGAUAUUAUUCCAUAUAAAUGUACUUUUGAGGUCCAGAAAAACUGGGUGUAUGUCUUUUUAAAAAAGAAAGAAAAGGAUCAGUCUUGGGAACAGCACCUGAGAGCAGGCAGCCUAGAAACAAGUGAUUGAUUCAAACUGAGAGCAGGCAGCCUAGAAACAAGUGAUUGAUUCAAACUGAGAGCAGGCGGUCUAGAAACAAUUGAUUGAUUCAAACUGAAUUAAACAGGCAGUCUAGAAACAAGUGAUUGAUUCAAACUGAAUUAAGCAGGCAGUCUAGAAACAAGUGAAUUAUUCAAACUGAGUGCAGACAAUACAGGAAAGUGGUAUUCAUGCAGAACAGUACAGUGAUAAAUUCAGUUCAAGAAAAUGGAGAGAGGGGCUGUCUGGUGUUUGAUCCUGGUUAAAAACGUGUACGGGCUUCCAUUUUUAUAGAGGGGACAGGCUGAUUUUUGCCUGAAUUAAACGAAAAUAACAAUGUUUAUUCAUAUUAACAUUAUUACCAAACUGCUAGGGAUCACUACACAUUUUUACAUGGAUUUUCCUAAUAUUGUGAGUAAAACGAUAGAAAUACAUGGUGAAAAGGUUUUAGGCCAACUCAUUUUACCUGAAUGUCGCCAUUGUUUUUGCACGAAUUUGAAGAUUUGCUCCAGCCUUUAUAUUAUUUAGAGUAUUUUGGGGGUUCAUUGGUGCCAGGUGUAUGCUGGGAAAUACACAUCUGUGGAUGGAGGUGAACCAGGUGGGUGAUAAGGUGGGCAGUUCAGAGGAUGGUCAGAUGGGACUGCAGCACGUCUGCCCCCCCCCCCCCCCCCCCCCCCCCCCCCCCCCCCCCACCUCUGCUAGAGCUUUUACUCUUUUACUUUUACAAUACAUUUUGAAUGACAGUUUGGUAUGAACUGCCUUUUUUUAUUAGUCUUGGUGGUGGUAUAAUUGUCAUUUUGACUUCAUAGAGGACAAUCGGUAGAUGAAUUUGUUUUUUUCUGUUAUUUAAGACAUUUUUUAUGAUAUUUUGUUUUAUAUACAUACUGAAACUGAUAUUCUACCAAACUGACAAUGACAGAAGGUGCUACUCCUGUGAGAUGAUGAACGUGUUGUUAGAAACGUGUAUGCGAUUGUUACUGUGUUAACACCACAUACAUGAUUGUAUAAUAUACAAUGUGCAAUAAAUGUUUAUGAUCAUUAAAA